AUGAGGCACCUGCAGAGAAGGAAUAUAGCACUUGAGCAGGAAAAUCGUCGGCCCAGGGGACGAGGAUCGAGAUCCAGAGGGUCUAGCAGCCAUGGGACGUCUACUGAUCGCACCAUGACCCGAUUUGGGCUUAUGUUCGAACCACCACCACAACAGGGAACAAUACCCGAACCGAUUACUCAAGGGGGAGGGGGAGGAUACAGCCCACCCGAAGAUUCUUCAUCUGAGGAAGAAGUUCCCGGACCAGAGGAGGGACCCGAUACCGCUAAUGAAACCAAACUCAAGCAACUAGAGGAAAUGGUCAAAAAACUGGCAGGAGGUGGGGAGGUCGACAAGUUGGCAAAAGUAAUCAGUGAAGCAGAGAAAACCCCAUUCACCCGAGAAUUGGAACAAGCUCUGCUUCCCUUAAAAUGCACUUUUCCAACUUUUCCUUCAAGCUUCGUGGCACUGGGGACACUGUGGAACACGUCAAAAUACAUUGUGGGGUCUUUGCAUGUCGGGUCGAGGCAGAGAAGAUACUUAAUAGUAGCAACUGAAUACUUUACUAAAUGGGUUGAAGAAGCGGCAUUGAGAUACAUUCGGGAUAGAGAUGUGUUCAGAUUUAUUUAUGAGCAUAUCAUAUGUCGUUUCGGGAUACCAGCAGCCAUCGUAUCAGACAACGAAAAUCAGUUGCAAGGAAAGAACAUAGAUAUGUUAUUCAACACUUAUAACAUCAGGAAGAGUAAGGCUACACCCAUCUACCCCCAAAGUAAUGGGCAAGCCGAAAUUACGAACAAAACAAUAGCAGACAAUCUGAAAAAGAAGUUGGACGGGAAGUACGGAGAAUGGUGCGAAGAGCUACAUAACGUCUUGUGGGACUACAGAACAGCCCAAAGAGAAGCAACGGCUCUUUCACCCUAUAUGCUCAUGUAUGGAAUAAAGGAGAUUCUUCCAACAGAAGUAAUGAUACCCACAAUAAGAACUGAAGCAUGA